AUGGGUACUACAGCGAGAUACCUGCGAUAUCAUCGAGCGCCCAGAUGCCAUUGGUAUUGGUUGGAUAAAUUGGAAGAACGAUCACCCGUACCUCAUCUCAAAUAUCGAGGCCCAGUCACCCCUACGGCAACCUUCACCAUCAAGGCACCAGUCUGGCGUUUAUUGGAGAAGAAGAAGCUUGGCUUCACCCACACCAUCAUCAGAAAUGGUAUACCGAGUCGUCCUUUCUUCCGCGUCAUUCCUUGGCCUGUGGGGCGUGAUCCAGCUACUUUCUGUGUGGACGAUCUCCUAACGAGAGAGCUGUGGCACGGCGAUGAGCACCCUAUCCCGCCUCCGCCUCCACCUUUCGACUCCCUUCGCAACGAGUACCAGCUGCAAGGGGAGUGGGACCGUCACUAUGGGCGUUUUGUUGAAUCACUCCUCCCAUCCGGCUUGAAAUUCCGAGUGGAGGUCCCCGUCAAAGGUGUGGACGACCUCCGCCUCGAUUGCGCCAUAUAUACAAACGCCAUUGGCAGGCAUCUCACAGCCGAAGAUAUCCACUCAUCAAUGGAGGAGAAAUCGUACGCUGUCCUCAAUGACAGCAUGUUCGAUGCCCUCGAUGCGUUCCAAGCCGGAGGCGGUGAGGCUUGGGUGUAUAAAAACUUGUAG